UGUACAUAAGGAGCGCCCUAGCCCCUUGGCCCCAGAGCGGAGAGAGGAGUGGCUGAGGGAGGAGCCGCUGCCUACAGGCACCCAGCGAGACGGGCUAGGUCUUGGCUGGCAAUCCCGGGUGUCUCGCUGCAAGGAGCCCUCCAGCAGAUUCAGAGGCGAGAUGAGGCUGCUCCGAGGUCUCACGCUCCUGCUGCUCUUGGCGGUGGCAGAGGGGCAUGAGGGGCGCAAGGGGCGCACGCGGCGGGAGCUGGCGCCCGGCCUGCAUGAGCAGGGUAUCCGCGACGCCGGUGGGUCGUACUGCGAGAGCAAGGAUGCGUGCUGCCACGGGCGGGACGACGGCUGCACCGUGCCCUACCUGGACACCAUCUGCUACUGCGACCUCUUUUGCAACCGCACCGUGUCCGACUGCUGCCCUGACUUCUGGGAGUACUGCCUGGGCAUCGAGCCGCCCUUCGCCGUGCAGAAAGUGUGUGUCCGUGGUGGACACAAGUACCCGGUUGGAGCCACGUACAGAGAGAACUGCAACCUCUGCACCUGCGGCUCCAAUGGCCGGUGGGACUGCGAGGACCUCGCCUGCCUCAUGGAUGGCAGGAUGAUUGAGGCCAUCAACAGAGGGGAUUACGGGUGGAAAGCCGCCAACUACAGCCGCUUCUGGGGAAUGACACUGGACGAGGGCAUCCGCUACCGCCUGGGCACCAUCCGCCCCUCCACCACCGUCAUGAACAUGAAUGAGCUGCAUAUGAGCAUGGACACCAACGAGGUGCUCCCCAGCUCUUUCAACGCAGCCCACAAGUGGCCCGGCUUGAUCCAUGAGCCCCUGGACCAGGGCAAUUGUGCUGGCUCCUGGGCCUUUUCCACAGCAGCCGUGGCUUCGGACAGGAUCUCCAUCCACUCCAUGGGGCACAUGACGCCCGCCCUGUCUCCUCAGAACCUGAUCUCCUGCGACACCCGCAACCAGCGGGGCUGCAGCGGGGGCCGGAUCGACGGGGCCUGGUGGUACCUGCGCCGGAGGGGGGUGGUGACCGAGGAGUGCUACCCCUUCACCAGCCAGGAGAAGGACAGCCCCCCUGCGGGCCGGCCCUGCAUGAUGCAUAGUCGCUCCACGGGCAGAGGGAAGAGACAAGCCACCCAGCACUGCCCGAACCCCUACACCCACUCCAACAACAUCUAUCAGUCCACCCCUGCCUACCGCCUGGCUUCCAGCGAGAAGGAGAUCAUGAAGGAGCUGAUGGAGAACGGCCCGGUACAAGCCAUCAUGGAAGUGCAUGAGGAUUUCUUCAUGUAUAAGAGUGGCAUCUAUCGGCACACGCCUGUAGCAGCUGGGAAGCCAGAGCACCACCGCAGACACGGCACCCACUCGGUCAAGCUCACAGGGUGGGGAGAAGAGCGGACGCCUGAUGGGCACAGCCGGAAGUACUGGAUCGCUGCCAACUCCUGGGGCAAGGACUGGGGAGAGGACGGCUACUUCCGCAUCACGCGGGGCAGCAACGAGUGCGAGAUCGAGACCUUCGUGGUGGGCGUGUGGGGCCGGGUCAGCAUGGAGGACAUGCACCACCGCAAGUGAGGCCCCUCCACCCGCCGCCCCGGUGCUCUCCACACUGUGAUCUGGCCCUGGCACCCGGCACCCGCAGCAGGCUCUGGCUUCUCCCAGGGACCCGAGAGGAGACGGGUGUGAGACCCAGCCACUCCCCGGCACCCCUUGGCACCAGGGCAGGCUGUAGGAGGUCUUGGCCGAUCCCCGAGGCCUUGGGUCUGCAAAGGUUUUGGAAGGUCCAUUAAGGCUCAUGGAGUUGCCCCUAAGGAAAAUGGCUUCAUAGCACAGGCCUCCCUUGUACUGGGGGCAGCCUCUACCUAGGUCCCCGAGGGAGACAGGAGGGGACCCCCCAACCAUCUGCUAUGGACCGCAUCCGUGAGGCUUGGGCUCAUGUCUAUCCCACAGGUGCUUGUGUCCCUGCCCACCCCCAGCUCCUUGUGGGCACAAAGCUCCUACCUGGGCUGCCCCUCACCCCACCUCUGCCAUGCCCCCCGUUGCUGGGCUCUUCCCAGAGGCACCUCUGAGCAUUAGGUGGCCCUUGAGUCCCCACCCUUUGGAGCCAAGCCUGGAGCUAACCCCUUUGCCUCCCAGUGGGCAGACACUGCUCCCCCUGCGGUGGUUAGUGACACCGAGAUGGGCUCCUUGCCCCUGAGAGCGGGUGGCACAGCCUGUCGGGAGCCUCCGGGGAGCAGCUCUGCCUCUACCCCUGCAACCCCAUGAGCCCAUUCUGGGGCCUUCCACAGCCCACUCCAGACCCUGUGGGGUGCUAGCACCCCCCGAUCCUGCCCUGUGCCCCUUCAGAGCCCCCAGCCCUGUAUCUCAUCCCACGCUGGUCUCCUUUGCUCCCGGGGCCUGGGGGGGUUUUGCUGACACCGAAGCCGCUGUGCACUGGCCCGGAGAUGAUAUGUGUUGAGAGCAGGAAAGCGCAUCCCAGCCUGGCUUUCUCUUUUAACCCCAGCACCCAGCUUUGUUCAUGACACCAGGGUCUUAACGGUCUAAUCCCAGCCUGGCUAAACAGGGCAUUGUUGGGAGCCUUACGCUGUUCAAAUGCUUUAGCCUAAUGCCGCGGCUGGCUUGGUCAGCUUCACGGCCUCAGUCUAAACAUUCGGCCUCCUCCAUUCAAGUCAAAGCGGCAGAGGGAUCAGCGAACCAGCCCUGCCUUCCACAUGAUGGGAGCGGCAGGGCUGGGGGCGCAGCUAGAACUGCUGACUCCAGCACCCGGGGUCACGUGGAGCCGGGCACCGCUCUGACGGAGAGCAAGGGGUGUCUGGGUACUGGGCACUGGGGGCAAGGACAGACCUGGGCAUGGGCUGCUCUCCUCCCAGGGCCACGGGGCAACAAGCUGUCAUCAGGCAGCUCUCCGGAGUGCAGGCAGGGCACAGCAAUGGGUUCCCCCCAUGGCAGGGCUGGGUGUUGCAGAGGCAGGGCACGAUGCCUGUGGCAUUUAAGGGGCAACUAGUGGGAUGUUCCCAUUCAGGUUUCCCAGUCUCUUCCAAGAAGUUUUUCAGGCCCAUCUCCCCACUGUCCUGUGGCCUCCAGGUGCUGCCCCUGCAACCCCCAGGCUUCCCACCAUCACCAUGCUCAAGAAGAGGUGCUGGCAUCUCUGCCAAAGCCAGCCAUUAACUCACAGGCCUCAGGAGCCCUUGAAAUAAUGCAUCAGCCAAGCACAUGCAAACACUCCUUGUGCAAAGGUGUGCAUGCUACCCAUGCACCUUUGCACAGAGACAGUAGCAUGGCAUCAGCGUGCUCCUCUAGUGGUCCCACACUCCCCAGCCCUCCGCUUGCCAGGAUAACCAAGGAGUCAGCAGGCUUGGCCUUGCCUGGAUGGUGCUAAUGCUCCUGGGCAGAAAAUAGUCUUGCCCCGGGGCCUCAAUUCAGGAUGUCAGCCUCCUGUUGAAGCCAGUGGCUGAGCCUUCUCCCCAGUGAUGUCUUCGGGUUGCCGGCGCAUCCUAGUCUCUAUUACCCUUUGCAAUGCUCUGUUGUGCUCGCAGCUUUCCGGUGCUCCCAGGCAGCGUGGGGGGCGGCAAGAGACCUGUCCUGCUCCAGGUGGGACGUGCCUGGCUGAGAAAAGUUGCGCUAGCCAGGCUUUGAGUCAGUCUGUAGGCAAAGAGGAAUGGAGAGAGCAAGCUACCUACCUACCUGCCUAUUCAGAGGGCUUGUAUUUUAAGGUUCUUUUGUAUUUAUUGUGCUUUUUAUUAUUUGUAAAUAAAUGGAAGGAAGCCUCGUC